AUGCGUACAACAUCGAGAAAGACUCCACUCAUCCAUUUUGCUGGCUGCCAAAGCUCCCUCCGGCUCGGGACUUUCGAAUUUGCAUGUGACCAGUCGGCCUCAACAGAAUUGAAGAACAGUAACAGGCCACUGCGUCGAUCCUUGAUCCCGAUUGGCAACAUAGUAGUAAGUCAAAUCUUCAACUCGGUCAUAACCACCAGCGCCAUCAUCGCGACCAGGUCACCGAACCCGAACGAAAAGGAUGAAUCUCACAUCGCUAGUGCGAGACGCUCGACAAUUGAUAGCGCGAGCACAGAGUCUACUAUCGAGAUUGAUGGGUUUCGAGUGUUGGGUCUGUCUUCUAACGACGCCGAUUUCUACGAUAAUUUCUCUACCGAGAGACGGAAGCGAAUCUUACGCAAGGUUGAUAUCCGCCUCGUGCCCGUGUUGACUAUCUUAUACCUGAUAGCUCACAUCGACCGCGCCAAUAUUGGCAACGCCAAGAUUGAGGGCUUGAUCGAGGAUCUAGGACUGAGCGGUGCACAGUACAAUGUUUCUCUGGCAAUCUUCUUCUUCCCCUAUAUCUUAUUCAUGCUACCAAGCAAUAUCUUAUUGAAGAGGUUCCGCCGGCCAUCACUCUAUAUCGGGACACUGAUCUCUGUGUGGGGAGCCGUGAUGACCUGCACUGGCCUGGUGAAUACGUUUUCUCAGUUGGUAGCAGUUCGAUCCCUCCUAGGGCUGUUCGAGGCUGGCUUCUUUCCGGGUGCUGUGUAUAUUUGUAGCCGCUGGUACAUGCCGCGAGACCUAGCAAGCCGCGUCUCUUACUUCUAUUUUGAGGGGAUCGCCACUGUGUUUCUCGGCGCAGCCACUAUCGUCUUGCUGGUUGAUUCGCCAAGCCUGUCUAAGCGGUGGCUCAACGAGGAAGAAAUACGGUUUCUUGAACUUCAGGUCUUCAUUAAGCAAGGUGGAAAAUUGCAAGGAGCGCAAGAGGAAAAAGCCCGGACUUGGCCAGAGGUCAAAAAUGUCUUGACGAACUGGAGGGUGUACGUCCACGGGUCAUUUUUGAUCGUUAACUCUUCAUGUUCGUAUGGACUCAAAUUCACCCUUCCUACCAUCACCAAGGCCAUGGGCUUCAGCAACACUAAAGCCCAGUUCCUGUCUGCGCCACCAUAUGUUGCUGGAGCGAUAUCUGCUCUCAUCUGUGGUAGGCUCUCCGAUCGCCUGAAUUGGCGCAUGCCGUUCAUCGUAGUCCCAGGCGCCUUCAUACUGGUCGGCUACUCGAUACUGCUGUCCCUGAACGGGGCGAUAUCAAGCAACGCCGGGUCGGUCUGGGCCGCAAUUGUUAUUGCCAUGAUGGGGAUAUACCCAAUUCAGCCAACCACGCAGGCAUGGAACGCAAACAAUAUCACGCCUGCCAGCCGACGUGCAGUUGGUGUGGGUCUAACGAACGCAGUUGGGAACGUUGGGGGUAUCGUCGGUAGCUUUAUGUAUGUUGAGAGCCAGGCCAUGCGUUACGAAACCGGAUUCGGCCUCAGCCUGGCUCUUGGGGCGUACGCAAUGUUGAUGGCCUUGUUCUUGGAGUGGAGCUACACGGUUUCCAAUGCGAGGAAGGCAAAGGAAAUCGGGAGCAGACCAUACAACGACGCAGAGUUGCUGGCCAUGGGAGAUAAGAGCCCACUUUUCAGACAUGUGCUCCUCGGUGGCACAUGGGCGAAGGAGAGACUAUAUCCUGGUUUGAAGACCAAUAACCUGGUCGGCACUCUUCAAUACCCAGACUUCCCCUUGGUUCCCGAGGAGUUUGGUAUAGAAAGGGGUCAACACAUUCCUGGGCACAUCAUCCACGAAUAUCUGUCACGCUAUGCUGAGAAGUUUGAGAUCGCGAGCAAAAUUCGGCUUCAGCAUAAAGUGAUCAGCGCCGAACAUCGAGAUGAGGGCGGGUGGAAGAUGGUGGCUGAAGCUGAAGGCCGCAUCAUCAAGAUCACCGCGGCGAGAUUGGUGGUUGCCACGGGGCUGUCAUCAGAAGAGUUCUUGCCCCGAUUUGACGGCGAGGAGACGUUCACCUCACCAAUAUUUCAUUCGAAGUAUUUUCCAAAACGGUUCUGGCAUGAAACAAGCAUCGGUCGCACAAUCACCCGCGCCUUCUGGUGGGUCUUGACCAACGACGUCGUUACGCUGAACCAGUACGACAAGCACCCGGAGACCAAAAAGCUCAAGCCAUGGUCGGAUGCUUUUUACAGCGGCACAUCGUUCUCGAUUCUGAACUACAGUACGAACUUCUUCGAUCUGGUCAAGAGCGGAACUGUCAAAAUCCACAUAGCCGACCUUGUUCGAUUGUCCCCGUCAACGGUGCAUCUUUCUGACGGGACUUCGUUCAAGACUGAGCUGCUUCUCUGCGCCACUGGCUGGAAGCAUGUUCCACCCCUGAAAUUCUUGCCUGAAGGAAUUGAGAAAGAGCUUGGGCUGCCCCAUGUGCCGUCCGAUGAUGAACCCAUCUGGAGGUCAGAUCUCGUUCACAAGGCUGACAGCGAAAUACUCACGCGUUUUCCUCGUCUACGAGAUCAGCCUAAAUCUGACGGGAAGUUUGUGCCUUUAGCUGAAGCCAAGGGGUUGUCUGCACGCUUCCAAGGCGAAGUCGACCCUUCCAACCACACUAGGCUCACACCUUACACACUCUAUCGAUUCAUGGUUCCUCCAUUGCCCAAGUUCCUCGCAACUAGAGACAUUGCCUUCACAGGAUUUGCUACAAACUUUUCUACUGCGACUUCCAUCUAUCUUCAGGCACUCUGGAUUUCGGCCUUUUUCGAUGGAGAUAUUGCAGUCCAAGAGCCUGGAAGUGACACCGACCCCGAAGUCGCAGAGAAGCUUAAGUAUAAUACGGUCCUUUACAGUCGAUUUGGAAGAUGGCGUUAUCCGGCUGGUCGCGGCAGCCAACUCCCAGACUUCGUUUUCGACGCGGUACCAUACUUUGAUCUUCUGAUGGGCGACCUGGGACUGAAGGUGCAUCGAAAGAAAGGAUGGUUCGCCGAAGCAACUGAUCCAUAUGGGCCAGCGGAUUAUGCAGACAUUCUCUCGGAAUGGGUUGCCAAGAGGGGUACCAGGCCUUGUGGAUGUUGA